AUGAAUCAACGAACAACUGCCGCAGUUCGAACGCCAACCGAAUGUACCACACCGUUUGAAGUGGUAACUGGAGUAAGACAAUGGGCAGUGGCAGGGCCUUUGUUGUUCAAACUCGCCAUCGACCAUACUAUGCGAAGAACAGUAGAUCAGUAUCCUUCUCGAUAUCAUUCUAACACCAUCAGGACGCCCUUCUCGAUCUCGAGUGGGCUGACGAUGUUGUUAUAUUCGCAGAAAGCAGUACGAAACUUCAACAUGUUGUCAACCUUGUAUCGAAGCUGGCUGCAACCUCUGGACUACGUCUACGCCCUGAUUAAUGCAAGCAUAUGCGGAUCUCCUCGAGACCUCGAACGGGAAUCAGGGUGGACGGACAACCGAUAG